AUGCUUCCCAUGAGCUUCAAUCAUCCAUCGUCUCAACUUCAAACCCUCAACAAACCCAAAAAUUUCCAGCUGAUUCGGAACGCAUUUCUCUCAAUUCAGGCUCGUAUCUCUGUACACCCCUAUCUCUGCCUCUUCACCUCCUUUCUCUUUAUCCAAGCCCUCGUCUUCCUUAUCACUCACACAGCACCACCAUCACUACCAAUCCGUACGUUCAAUCCUCCUCCGGUCGCCGCCGUACUCAGCCCCGAUGAAUGUCGGUCCGGCAAAGUUUAUGUCUACGAUCUCCCGCCGAUGUUCAACAAAGACUUACUCGCCAGCUGCGAUGACUUAGACCCAUGGAACUGGCAGUGCGGUAUCAUUUCAAAUGAUGGCUACGGCCGCAGAGCCACUGAGUUCGUCGGAAUAUUACCCGGAAAUUUAGCUACGACGUCGUACCGGACGAACCAGUUCUCGUCGGAGGUUAUUUUUCAUUACAGGCUUCUGAAUUACAAGUGUAGGACGCUGGACCCAGAAUCUGCUACGGCGUUCUACAUACCAUUUUACGCUGGACUCGCAGUUGGGAAAAAUCUAUGGCGGAAUGAUACUAAGAUGCGUGAUUGGCACUGUGAAAUGAUGCUAAGGUGGGUCCUGAACCAAACGUACUACCAAAGAGCCAACGGUUCAGAUCACUUUAUCACUCUGUCUCGAAUCACAUGGGAUUUCCGACGGUUGACUGACCCAUUAAAGCUCUGGGGGUCCAGUUUCCUUAAUAUGCCGCUGAUGCAGAACGUUACUCGUUUCACCAUUGAGAAAGCUCCGGGGGACGACUAUGAUGUCGGUGUACCUUACCCUACAGGAUUCCACCCUAGUUCCGACUCUGACGUCGUACAAUGGCAAAGCUUCGUACGUAAUCGCAACCGUUCAAGUCUAUUCACCUUCAUUGGGGCGGCACGUGGCAGCAUCGAGAAUGAUUUCAGAGCUUUCUUACUGAGUUACUGCUAUAACGAGUCAGACUCGUGCCGAGUCGUGGACUGUGCCGUGACUCAGUGCUCGAAUGGUACUUCAGCCAUCCUUGAAGCUCUGUUGGACUCCAAGUUCUGUUUGCAACCCAAAGGCGAUAGCUAUACGAGGCGAUCAGUGUUUGAUUGUAUGGUGGCCGGUUCGGUGCCGGUUUUUUUCUGGAAGAGAACGGCUUAUGAUCAGUACGACUGGUUCUUGCCGGGUGAGCCGGAGAGUUGGUCGGUGUUUAUAGACCAUGAGGAUGUGAGGAACGGGACAUCUAUCAGAGACGUAUUGCAGAGAUAUAGUGGGGAAGAGGUGAGGAGGAUGAGAGAGAAAGUAAUAGAGAGCAUUCCCAGAAUUGUGUAUGCAAGGCCUGGUAAGGGUUUGGAGGGUUUCAGAGAUGCUUUUGAUAUUGCUGUGGAGGGGGUUUUGAGGAGGUUCAAAGAACAAAAAGAGGGUCGUGGAGUAUAUGCAGGUGAAGUAGGAGUGAGAAGAUGA